AUGGACGAUUUAACGGUGAAAUUAACGGAUUAUGCUUUGUCACGUGAUCUUUUCCCACAAGAUUAUGAUUGUCUUCCAAUGGAUCCUCCGAAUGAAAAGCGUCCACUUAAAUUUAUGGCCAUCGAAUCAAUUACUGAUCGACGUUAUUCAACAGCUUCAGACGUCUGGUCAUAUGGUGUACUUCUUUGGGAAUUGAUGAGUCGCGGAGCACAACCCUUUGCCGAUAUUGAAUCAUGUAGUUUAGCAACAAAUUUACAAAAUAAUCAUCGUCUCGUACAACCAAUGAGCUGUCCUGAUUCUUUAUUCAAAUUAAUGAGUGCAUGUUGGAUAAUUUCAAUUGAUCAACGUCCGUCAAUGACUUCACUUGUUCAUAUGUUAAUAGAAUUUUAUGAGCAGCUAGCUCGUUUCAUUUAA